UGGUAGUUUGUUCCACUCAACAGCACGGUGUACUUACCAGACUCUUAAAUUUAACAAGCACAUUCUGUGUAGAGUAGCCAUGUACCCAAAGCCCUCUCAUGGCUCUUCCAGGGCAUAAAGAAGAAACAGCUUCAUCAUAUUACAGGUGGAAUGAAUAAUUAAACCUGCACAGGGCUUUUUGGCUUUAGCUUUUUCAUCCUGGUUAAAAAGAAAAUCGUGUUUUAUUCAUAUCAACGCUGACUGGCUUCCUUUGAAGAGCACGGUGGUGGUGGUUGCAGGGAUCUGUAGCGUUAGGCGGGAAGUGCUGUGAUAUGCUAUGGUAAGGAGAGGUGAUGCUCUACCAUCCUCUGUUCUGGAGGGGAAGAGUGGGGCUACCUCUCGAAGGGGCGAGAGAGCAGUGGAGUAGAGGAAUGUUGCCUCGCCCGGACAAAGAAUUAGAGUCAGAGAGGUUCAUGGGAGGGAAUCUUAUUAAUAAACCACAGCAAGUUUUGAUCACACGCGUGCGCACGCACAAACGCGCACACACACAGGCAAGCACAUACGUACGUACACACAUACACACACGUAUAACAGUAUGCACAUACACACACAUAUACAAUGAGAACUUUGCACAUACCCACAAGAGAGGCAGGCUAAUAUUGAGGGAGUCGGCGAGGAAGAGAAGUCAUUUCUCUUGGAAUAUCAGUUGGCAUAUUGUUUUUUUCCUUUCACCCAGAGACCCGAUUAUGCCGAAAAAAGAGAAUAGCAGAGCAAGGUUAUAAUGCGGUUGGCAAUAUCAGUGCAGUGAAAGCCAAAGUUUGACUCCUGUCAUCUUCAAGUUAGGAUCUGUGGUAUGGGACUCCUCCAGCCCUGAUAGACUAAUGAGCUGUGUGUUUUAAGGGGAGGACUGAGCUCAUCUGGGAGAAAACAAUAGCCUCGUUAAGAUGGGCCUUGAAGGCUUCUGCGCAACACAACUCUUGUUUGCUCCAUUUGUGAUUCUCCCUGGUCAUUAUAUUCUCUGAUGAGGGACUGUUUAUGAACACUGGCAUUUCAAAACAUGACAAGAACAUAGCAGAAUGUUGUGGGGCUGUACAUCACAAACUGUUCAUGCCUUCUAUGUAUAGAUUACAACGUCUUCUAUGUGUGAUCUCCGUGCUCUCAAUGGUGGGUGAGCACUUUGAAAACUGUUGUGCGUGUGGUUUUUCUAUUUGUGUUUUAGGUGGGGCAGGUCAAUCCCACAGUUAAGCUUUACGUCGUCACCUUGGAUGGGGGAUCCCAGACGACUGAACUGCGACCUCCCAACAGCUUUGAAAAAAGUGACUACUACAUAACCAUGGUGAAAUGGGUCACAGAGGAGAAGAUUGGUGUGCGCUGGUUGAACCGAGCCCAGAACACCUCCAUCCUGUCGCUAUGUGAGGUCACUAUGGGGGCAUGUCUAAAAAAACAUGUGAUUACAUCAGAGAAGUGGCUUGAUCGUCAGAAUGAAGAGCCAUUGUUUUCCAAGGAUGGGAAUACCUUUUUCCUGACCAUGCCAAUAAAACAUGGCGGACGAGGGUCAUUCCACCAUAUCACCAUGAUAUCUGACCAGUUCAAUGGUGAUGAGGUCAACAUGCGCCACCUGACCUCUGGCAGCUGGGAGGUGUCUCAGAUCCUGGAGUAUGAUGAGGAAGCAGAUACAGUUUAUUUCCUUAGCACAGAAGAUAGUUCAAUACAAAGACAACUGUACAGGGUGUCGGCGGUAAACCCAUUUCAACGUGAAUGCCUGACCUGCUCCCUGUUCAAAACACAAUGCUCCUACUACGAUGCAGUCUUCAACCAAGACUAUCAAUAUGUCCUGCUGAACUGUAGAGGUCCUGGUAUACCAAGAACCACCCUUUACAAACUGAAUGACAUGAGCAAGAAUGACACUUUGGAGAAGAACACUGCACUAAGAGAUGCACUGACAUAUAGGAAUAUACCAAGGAGAGAUAUCAGGACCCUACAAAUCAACAACUUUGCACUUCGUCUGGAGCUGACCUUGCCAAUAGAUUUUGACGAGGCCACAGCGCAUCCACUUCUGCUGAUCCUUGACAGUGCCCCCGGUGGCCAGGCGGUGAGUGACCAGUUUGUUCUUGACUGGGACUCUGUUCUGGUCAGCUCGGAUAACGUCAUCGUGGCUCGCUUGGACGGCAGUGGGAGUGGGUUCCUGGGCCAGCGGGUCCUACAUGAAGUCCACCAGCGUUUGGGAACUGUGGAGGUGCAGGACCAGAUCGCAGCAGUAGAGUACCUGACCAAGCUGCCAUAUGUGGAUAAAAAUAAGGUUGCUGUUUAUGGAAAGGCUUAUGGGGGUUUCCUGAGCUCUCUUCUACUCCUCUCCUCUGGCUCCAUGUUCAGAUGUGGGGUUGCAGUUGCUCCCGUGACAGACUGGAGACUCUACGGUUCGGCCUUCACUGAGCGUUACUUUGGGUUUCCGGUCCAGGAUGAACGUAAAUAUCAACUCUCCAGUCUGCUUCCCAACAUCACAGGCACAGGUCAACGGAAGUUUCUCAUCAUCCAUGGAACAGCAGAUGCCACCGUUCAUUUCCAGCAUUCCGCGGAGCUGGUGAAACUUCUGUCAAUAUCAAACGUUAACUACACUCUGCAGAUCUUCCCGGACGAAGGCCACAACAUUUACUCUGUGAAGAGCCAACGCUACUUGUUGAACUCUGUCAUGACCUUCUUCAGGGAAUGCUUCCUAGUGGAAAUCCCUGUAGCUCAUCCUGUGUCUGAGGAUGACUAGGAUGACCACAUCUCACCUUGUUUUUGUAGAACCUGUUGCUCCUGGAAAUGAGAAAGUGGUCUAUGACCUGCUUGUCUGAGGAACCACCAGUGUGAAGUGGUGAGGUAUGGUGAGACAAAGUGAAUGAGAGAGAGGGGUCAGACAAUGUUGUUGUGCUCUAUGAAGGGUAAUGAUAGGCUGAGAUGAGAUUGAAGAUUUUUCCUGUACAGUGAUAAUUUUUCCGAUUGCUAUGAUCACGCAAUAGUUCACAUAGAAACAUUUAGGGUAUUACCAGUGUUCUGCAAAUAUCAUAAGUAUACAGUUACCGUGGUAGAGUUUCAGUAGAGAAGAAGGGAAACUUCAUAUUAGCUGUUUGUAUGGGAGAUAUGUUUUUGUCUUUACUGUUAAAGAUGUGAAGGGAGAUAUUUAUUUAUUUUUCCUUUUAAAGAAUAUAGUUAUUUCAGACAGCUGUAAUGUAUUGUGCAUUUUAUACCUAGAUACAUAUUCAAUUCUAAUAUGGCAUUUAGCAGGCGCUUUUAUCCAAAGCAAUUUACAGAGUAUGCAUUAGGGACAAAUACAGGUAACCGGGAUCCUAGGACUUCACUCUUCACAUUUCCCCAAAAUGACCUGGGAAAUUAAAACAUUUCCCCCAAUAUUGCACUAAUGCAAUUUUACAAAAUACACGAUCUGCGCAGAAGCAAAUUGGCAAACAUUUUAUAUAUAGUACAUUAUCCAAUCAGGUUGUCGCAUGGAAGCCUUUAGUCUAAAGAAUUUACUUCACACAAAGUCACCUUAAAGUCAAAGCACACACAAAAUUGACACUGCUGGACUGCAGACAAGACUUAAAUACAGUUUAGAGGUCUCAUCAGAACUGAAUAUUCUAAAAUGAGCCCGAACCCCCCCAAAAAAUCCAGAUAAAAAAAAACAACUAUAGGCUAUAUUGAUUUAAAAUGGUGUUGAGAACAACGUGGUGGUUGGGGGCGGCAGCGGAGUGAGUAGAUGAGGAAACAGCCAUUGGGACUAGAAAAAGCACAAAGAGAGGAAAACUCACCUUAUUUAUGAUCAACUGAUGAUGAAAAUAUUGGAAUAAAAUAGGCUCAUGCAAUUGAAAGCAUUGCUGCUACUGAAACUCACUCGGUCAUAUAUUCAACCGUUAUACUAAUGUAGUUUGAGAGUUCUUUCAAUGGUGGAUGGAUGACUAUCUAUUUCAGGGGUGUCAAACUCAUUCCAUUUAGGGUCCAGUGUCUGUGGAUUUUAGAUUUUUCCGUUCAAUUAACACCUAGACAACCAGGUGAGGGGAGUUCUUUACUAAUUAGGGAAAGGGAAAGGGUGAUACCUAGUCAGUUGUACAACUAAAUGUCUUCAACUGAAAUGUGUCUUCCGCAUUUAACCCAACCCCUCUGAAUCAGAGAUGUGCGGGGGGCUGCCUUAAUCGACAUCCACGUCUUCGGCGCCAGGGGAACAGUGGGUUAACUGCCUUUAAUUCAUCAAUCAAGUACAAGGGAGGAGCGAAAACCCACAAACCCCCACCCCAUCUGGAAUGAGUUUAACACGUUAUGCGAACAAAAUCUGAAUGGAGAAUGAUUACUAUUAGAUCAUAUAGAUUUCAUCAUCAACUGCGCACAGAUACUGUGCUGCAUGAACUCAGCUACUUCCUGUUCUCUCAUUUUCAAUAAUUCACAUUCCACCAAUCACAAAUAUGCAAGAUGGUUACUGGGUAAAUACUCAAUAACUAUUACCAUUUCAAACAACUGAUUCCACACUUUUUUAAACUAACCAACAGUGAAACAGAAAAUAAGAAAUCUCAUAAAAUAAUCCUAUACACCAAUUUAAUGCUAUAGUUGUGUGUUGUCACGUAGAUGAUCAUUUCAGAGAAUGUGUUAUCAACAAAUAGUAUGAGAGUAGAUAUGGAUAUUUUUAACAGAGUUGGUCCCCGUUAUUUAUGAGCUGAUCUGCUAUCUGUAUAAUCAUCCACUUGAUUUUGCCAAAUUGGAGAUAUUCUGUCAUUCUUUGGAGGUUAACUAGCAAGCUGAGCAAUUUUGGUCAUUUGUAGUUUGUAUGAUUCGACAAUGCCAUGUCAUACUCAGGGGGCGCGCGCUCUGUGUCGAGAUAGCAUAGGCUUACUGCUGAAAUGCGCUGAAUUUAUUAAGGAACGUGAUAAUGCCUGGGGAUAUAUGAACUGCCUGUUUUUCAAUUCACAACAAUGUCAUUGACGAUCAAAGUUACUCUAUCAUUAGUAAAUAUCAGUUUCACUUGCUGUGAAAUCUUCACAUAGUGUCACAGCCAAGCCGGCAAUUUGGCAUAUCGACAAUUUUAUUUUGGGAGAACCCUGGCAAAGUAACCAUAUCUUGGUUUUAAAUGUUUCAAAUGGGCACUUCCAGUUUUUGUGGUGUUUUCCAGGGCUCUUGGGAUAAAUAUGAAUUAUUCCCGGUAUUGAGACUUGGUAGAUUUUCUGGAAAAUAUUCAUCCCUAACGUGCAUACAUUUUUGAAUGGGUGGCCCCAGCAGAACUCACAAGUUGAUGUUGCAAGCGCCAUGCUUUACCAACUGAGCCACUUUCUUGUAUAUACAGUGGAGUUCGGAAAUUAUUGACACCCUUCAUAAAGACGAGCUAAAUAAUAAAAAUAUUGGGCUACAUUGUAUGCUAAUGAAAAUUGUGGAAUUAUAUUAUUUUAUUCUGUUACAAUUUCUCAAAGAAAGAGAUUUUAUUUAACAAGUAAUAUAUACAUACUGUAUAUAUAUUUGUUUUAUUGACACCCUCGUUUUCAAUACCUUUCAACGCCUCACCUUGCGAGGAUAACGGCACUGAGCAUUUUUCUAAAAUGUUUUAUGAGUUGGAAAACACAUUAGGUGGAAUCUUAGACCAUUCUUCCAAACAUAAUCGUUUCGGAUCAUUGAUAUCCUUAAUCUGUGUUCAUGGACUGCCCUCUUCAAAUCAAAUCGCAGGGUGUCAAGUCUGGAGACGGCCAUUGCAAAAUGUUAAUUAACCAUUUCUCUGUGGAUUUUGAUGUGUGCUUGGGAUUAUUGUCUUUCUGGACGAUCCACUUGCGGCCAAGUUUUUGCCUCCUAGCAGAGGCAGACAGGUUUUUGGCUAAAAUGUCCUGGUACUACAGUAGGUCAAAUUCAUGAUGUUCUGCCUGCAGCUAUGGGACCCUGACCUGUUCACAGGUCAUGCUACCUUGUCCUGCUGUCUCAACCUCUGAAUGCUCAGCUAUGGAAAGCCAACUGACUUUUACUCCUGAGGUGCCGACCUGUUGCACCCUCUAUAACCACUGUUUACUCAUUAUUAUUUAUUAUUAUUUGACCUUGUGGGGCCUCUAUGAACGUUUGAACAUCUUGAAGAACGAUCUGGCUUUAAUGGCCAUGUACUCUUAUAAUCUCCACCCGGCCACCCCUCAGAGCUUGGUUCCUCUCUAUGUUUCUUCCUAGGUUCCAGCCUUUCAAGGAAACUUUCUUUAUAUGUGUAUUGUUUGCUCUCUGCAGUUUAAGCUGGGUUUUUGUACAAGCACUUUGUGACAUCUGCUGAUGUAAAAAGGACUUUAUAAAUAUAUUUGAUUGAUUGAUUGAUGAUGCUGUUGACCUUGAGGCCAGGCACCACACCCAUAGUAGGGUAAUAUUUUUCAUAUAUAUUAAUCAAAUCACAUUAAACUUUUACCAGUUGGACACAAAUAUACUUAGACUAAAGCUGAUAGCAUUUAAAAAUGAAUGCAAUAUUUAUUCAAUUCAGUUUCAAAUCAUGAAAUUCAAGUUCAAAUUAGGAAUUCUAUAAUUCAAUUUGUGAAUUUCAAAUUCAAAAUCUAAAAUUCUUAUUUAAUACCCCAAUACAAAUUCAAAAUUAUGGAAUUCAAAUACAACUUCUGUUGGCACUGAAAUACACUGUCCCUAAAAGGUAACUUCUCGUUUUUAAAAUGGCCUGUCUGGCAAUGAUAUGAGUCAAACAUUUAUUCUAAUGUCAACAUUUACUAUAAAGUAUAAAAAGGAUAAUUUUUGUCUAAUACUGAGACUUGCGAGAUAAUUGGAAGAAAUUGUAUGUCACGGAAUGAAGGGUACUGUAAAAGUUUUCCAUGUGUGGGGUUUAUUUUAAAUCUUCCCAUGGCUGGCAGUACUCAAGUAAUCAUCAAUUCAGAAUUUAGCAUCAGGCACCCGAUAAUAAUACCCAUGGUCAAUUUGGUCAUGGCCGCAAGCAUUUUUAAAUUAACCAAAUCUAAAACGAGACCAAAUCAGGAAAGGCAGUCGCCAUACCGUACAUCCUUGCCCUUUCAAAUAAAAUAUUUAAAUCUUGAUCAUUUAUUUGACCGAGAUGCACGUCAAAAGAAAGACGCAUCAUUCUCAGAAAAAGCAUUUGAGCGAGCGAAACAGCACUCUUCUGUCUCAGUUUGUGUAGCCAUGUAUCUGAUGCUGUGUGGUUCUUGUGACUCCCCAUCCCGCAUGCGGGAGCGUAAUCACCGCCUGACAAUAAUUAGCAUAACGCAACGGACAUAAAUAUCCCUAGAAAAUAUUCCUAUUCAUGAAAAUCACAAAUGAAAUAUAUUGAGACACAGCUUAGCCUUUUGUUAAUCACCCUGUCAUCUCAGAUUUUCAAAAUAUGCUUUACAGCCAAAGCUAGACAAGCAUUUGUGUAAGUUUAUCGAUAGCCUAGCAUAGCAUUAUGCCUUGCUAGCAGCAGGCAACCUUGUCACAAAUCAGAAAAGCAAUCAAAUUAAAUCGUUUACCUUUGACGAACUUCGGAUGUUUUCACUCACGAGACUCCCAGGUAGAUAGCCAAAGUUCAUUUUUUCCCAAAAUAUUAUUUUUGUAGGCAAAAUAGCUCCGUUUGUUCUUCACGUUUGGCUGAGAAAUCGCCCGGAAAUUGCAGUCACGAAAACGGUGAAAAAUAUUCCAAAUUAGCUCCAUAAUAUCGACAGAAACAUGGCAAACGCUGUUUAUAAUCAAUCCUCAAGGUGUUUUUCUAAUAUCUAUUCGAUAAUAUAUCCGUCGGGACAAUUCGUUUUUCAGUAGGACCGAUUGGAGUAAUGGCUACCUCUGUAUUUUACGUGAGAAUCUCUCUCGGAGCCACCAUGUGACCACUUACGCAAUGUGGCCGCCUACGGCUAUUCUUCAACAUAAAUGCGUAAAACUACGUCACAAUGCUGUAGACACCUUGGGGAAUACGUAGAAAGCGUAAGCUCGUUGAUGGCACAUUCACAGCUCAAUAGGGACUCAUUGGAACACAGCGCUUUCAAAACCUGGGGCACUUCCGGAUUGGAUUCUUCUCAGGCUUUUGCCUGCAACAUCAGUUCUGUUAUACUCACAGACAAUAUCUUUACAGCUUUGGAAACGUUAGAGUGUUUUCUAUCUAAAGUCAAUUAUAUGCAUAUUCUAGCAUCUUGUCUUGAAAAAUAUCCCGUUUAAAACGGGAACGUUUUUUUUCCAAGAAUGAAAAUACUGCCCCUAGAGUCGCAACAGGGAAGAUUAUGGCAUGUCAUUAUUUUUUCAGCCAGACAGCAUCAGAUACAUGGGCUAGAUAUUGUAAAACAGAGGGGUGUUGUUUCGCUCGCUCAGAAUGCUCCGGUGAGAUACACUAUAUGACCAAAAGAUGUCGAAAAUCUCAUUCCAAAAUCAUGGGCAUUAAUAUGGAGUUGGUUGCCCUUUAAUGCUAUAACAGCCUCCACUCUUCUGGGAAGGAUUUCCACUAGAUGUUGGAACAUUGCUGCACGGACUUGCUUCCAUUCAGCCACAAGAGCAUUAGUGAGGUUGGACACUGAUGAUGGGUGAUUAGGUCUGGCUCACAGUCUGCAUUCCAAUUCAUCCCAAAGGUGUUCGAUAGGGUUGAGGUCAGGGCUCUGUACAGCCCAGUCAAGUUCUUCAACACCAAUCUCGACAAACCAUUUCUGUAUGGACCCCGUUUUCCACGGGGGCAUUGUCAUGCUGAAACAGGAAAGGGCCUUCCGCAAACUGUUGUCACAAAGUUGGAAGCACAGAAUUGUCUAGAAUGUCAUUGUACACUGUAGCGUUAAGAUUUCCCUUAACUGGAAAUAAGGGGCCCAAACCCCAGACCAUUAUUCCUCCUCCACCAAACUGUAGAGUUGGCACUAUGCAUUGGGUCAGGUAGCGUUCUCCUGUAAUCCGUCAAACACAUAUUUGUCUUUUGGAUUGCCAAAUGGUGAAGCGUGAUUCAUCACUCCAGAGAGCGCGCUUCCACUGCUCCAGAGUCCAAUGGCGGCAAGCUUUACACAACUCCAGCCUACGCUUGGCAUUGCGCAUGAUGUUCUUAGACUUGUGUACCGCUGCUUGGCCAUGGAAACCCAUUCCAUGAUGCUCCCGAUGAACAGUUCUUGUGCUGAUGUUGUUUCCAUAGGCAGUUUGGAACUCGGUAGUGAGUGUUGCAACCAAGGACAGACCAUAGUUACACGCUCUACACUUCAGCACUCGGCGAUCUCGCUCUGUGAGCUUGCGUGGCCUACCAUGUCACGGCUGAGCCGUUGUUGCUCCUUGACGAACUGACAUCCUAUGACUGUGCCGCGUUGAAAGUCACUGAGCUCUUCAGUACGGCUAUUCUACUGCCAAAGUUUGUCUAUGAAGAUUGUAUGGCUGUUUGCUCGAAUUUAUACAGCUGUGAGAAACGGGAGUGGCUGAAAUAGCCGAAUCCACUCAUUUGAAGGGGUGUCCACAUGCAGUUGAAGUUGUAAGUUUACAUACACUUAGGUUGGAGUCAAUUAAACCCAUAUUUCAACCACUCCACAAAUUUCUUGUUAACAAAAAGGUUUUGGCAAGUCGGUUAGGACAUCUACUUUGUGCAUGACACAAGUACAUUUUCCCAUUUUUUUUACAGACAGAUUAAUUAACUUAUAAUUCAAUGAAGUUUACAUACACAAAGUUCACGGUGCCUUUAAACAGUUUGGAAAAUUCCAGAAAAGUAUGUCAUGGCUUUAGAAGCUUCUGAGCUUUAGAGGCUAAUUGAUGUAAUUUGAGUCAAGUGGAGGUGUACCUGUGGAUGUAUUUCAAGGCCUACCUUCAAACUCACUGCCUCUUUGCUUGACAUCAUAGGAACAUCAUAAGAACUCCGCCACGACCUCAGAAAAUACAUUGUAGACGUCCACAAGUCUGGUUCAUCCUUGGGAGCAAUUUCCAAACGCCUGGAGGUACCACGUUCAUCUGUAAAAUAGUAUGCACGUGUAAACACCAUGGGACCGAGCAGCCAUCAUACCACUCAGGAAGGAGACGUGUUCUGUCUCCUAGAGAUUAACGUACUUUGGUAUGAAAAGUGCAAAUCAAUCCCAAAACAACAGCAAAGGAUAUUGUGAAGAUGCUGGAGGAAUAAGGUAUAAAAGUAUCCAUAUCCACAGUAAAACCUGAAAGGCUGCUCAGCAAGGAAGAAGCCACUGCUCCAAAAUCGCCUUAUAAAAGCCAGACUACAUUUUGCAACUACAUAAAUACCUGUUUGGCCAUAAUGACCAUCGUUAUGUUUGGAGGAAAAAGGGGGGGGCUUGCAAGCCGAAGAACACCAUCCCAACCGUGAAGCACAGGGGUGGCAGCAUCAUGUUGUGGGGGUGCUAUGCUGCAGGAGGGACUGGUGCACUUCACAAAAUAGAUGGCAUCAUAAGGUAGGCAAGUUAUGUGGAUAUAUUGAAGCAACAUCUCAAGACGCCAGGAAGUUAAAGCCUGGUUGCAAAUGGGUCUUCCAAAUGGACAAUGACCCCAAGCGUACUUCCAAAGUUGUGGCAAAAUGGCUUAAGGACAAUAAAGUCAAGGUAUUGGAGUGGCCAUCCCAAAGCCCCGACAUCAACCCUGUUGAACAUUUGUGGGCAGAACUGAAAAAGUGUGUGCGAGCAAGGAGGCCUACAAACCUGACUCAGUUUCAUCAGCUCUGUCUCGAGGAAUGGGCCAAAAUUCACCCAACUUAUUGUGGGAAGCUUGUGGAUGGCUACCCGAAACGUUUGACCCAAGAUAAAUAAUAAUAAAGGCAACGCUACCAAAUACGAAUUGAUUGUAUGUAAACGUCUGACCCACUGGGAAUGUGAUGAAAGAAAUAAAGCUGAAAUAAAUAAUUCUAUCAACUAUUAUUCUGACGUUUCACAUUCUUAAAAUAAAGUGGUGAUCCUAACUGACCUAAGACAGGGAAUUUCUACUAGGAUUAAAUGUCAGGAAUUGUGAAAAAUCUGAUUUAAAUGUAUUUGGCUAAGAUGUAUGUAAACCUCCGACUUCAACUGUACAUGCCGUGUAGUGUCUUUUCAGCCAUGAGAAUUUAAGGAAAGUUGGUGGGUGCACAGUGUACUGUUCAGAUACUGGAAUUAUUUUGAUGAAUGUGCGAAGGUAAACUUAUUUUUGAAUAUGCAGGAUGUCCAAUUGGAUUAAAGUACAUUUAAAUACAUUUGCCAAAAUUAUAUAUUUACUCCUGUCUGUACAAAAAUAAAUAAAAUAAUUCAAAUACUUCACCAGAGGAUCAUGAGCUUCUUAAUUGUUUUUGCUGUGGAUUGUUUCAAAUUAACAGUGCAUAGCCCUAUGCCUAUCUGGGAAGCCUGCAAUUUGGACAGCUCGCAUGGCAAUAGGCCUAGCUGAUUAUUGAGUUGCAGCUGUCAUUGACAAGUAUCUAAAAUAUGCGUGUAGAUAAAGUGUCAUGUCUAUAAUUGAAUGAAUAAUGUUGAGACGAGAAGAAGUGAAGGGAUGUGUGGUGAAGAUAUAGGCACGUCUCUCUCCAGAAUACAUGCUCUCAGCUCUCCAGAGUGCCGUAGGUGUCUCCCGCUAAUUAUUGCACAUUCAUUGUUUCAUUGUGUGAAUUGUUUCCCCUUUGAUUGUUUAUUUUUGAUUCAUUCUCCAUUUACAUAUGUCACCUGUAGUAAAUGUACCAUUAGUCCCUGGUCAUUUAGUUACAUCAAUUUCUGUUUCUCUACCUUUCUUGCCUUUGUGCUGUUGUCUGUGCCCAAUAAUGUUUGUACCAUGUUUUGUGCUGCUGCCAUGUUGUGCUGCUGCCAUGUUGUGCUGCUACCAUGUUGUUGUCAUGUGGUUUUGCUACCAUGCUAUGCUGUUGUCUUAGGUCUCUCUUGUAGUGAUGUGUUUUGUCCUAUAUAUAUAUAUAUAUAUUUAUCCCAGCCCUGUCUUGGCCAGGUAAAUAAAUAAAAAAUAAAAAAUACAAAAAUAAAUAAUGCAUGUAAUAAUUACAGUCAUUUACCGUUCUCAUUCUCGGAGUGGAAACGUUGUUUGCAGAGUUCACAACGUGCUACACUUGUGAGAAACAAGUUUUGGUUAAUUUCAUAACCAUCAUUUACGAGUUUUGUCAAUUUUCAUUGUCUUUUGUUUGGAUAGCUUAAUUUGAGCAAUGAGCAUGUGUCUGAUUUCUCUGUCCUCUUAAUAUUGAGGGAGUGCGUGAAAGUGCCCAUUUGGAGAUGUCUUAUUUCGGAUUGUCUUAACUCACAAUGUCCACCAAUAAUACAUUUUUUUUCAUCACCUCACACAGUAAGUCCCUUCAAAGUUUUUCAAUUUUUUUUACAUCCAUUGCGAAUGAUAAUAGUUAUCAUUCCAACACUCUCCCCCUUGAUAAUCACUAAGCCUCGGUGUGCAAGAGCAAAAUAUAAUGAUUUGAUAAUUGCAUAUAUCCAUUGGAAAACAUCCUUAAAUACCUGAACAUUUUUCCCAAAAACAUCUCUCUGUCCCAAGCUCACUGGUGUGGGAAACUGAAGGCUCAGAAUAGGUUAGUUGAUACAAUGUUGCAAGUUCGCUAGCCACAGCUUCAUCUGGUCCCAGUUGAGUGAUUUGAUACAAUGUUGCACUUCGUUAAUUCAAGUCAAGUCCUUGAGAAAGGGAGCUAUACAGGCAGAGUAGAGAGAUUAAUUUAAUUGAAAGAACCUGCAUUUUUAUUUGUCGGUUUUAUAUGUUUUUACUUCGUUGACAAUGGCCUACUGCUGCAUUGGCCUAUAGGAUAUCAUUGAGCUCCAUGCAUACAGUCAUUACUUUAGCCGCCAAUGGUUCAUGGUGUAUCAAUGUGUCCAUUUGGCAGAGGCUGGUGCUCUCGCAUUAGUUUAAUUUGAACUUUGAGCAUUUUAUAAUUUAAUUUCAGAUUUUUAUGAUUAACCAACUCACAAUGAUUUUGAGAAACAAAAUUAUCAUUAUUGAAAUAAAACUGUUCCACGAAAAUGUGCAUAUGAAAAUCAUAACUGGCACACAGAUCGGUAGAAAUGUUAACAUAAAUUGUACGCUUCCCCAAACUUGAAACUCAUGUGCAGUCUAUUAAGUGAUUUGUUUGGCAAUCAGAUGAAAACAUCGUAACCUUUUGUGUUCAUGCCACAUUAAAAGGUGAUUUUUUUUACAGUUAAACUAAAUGCUUUUACUAUAAAACCCAUAAAAAAUGUAUAUAGGAGGUCCCAUGAAAAAAGGUGCCACCGUUUGGAAAUCAAAUGCCUGUCCAACUGAUUCCUUCUGGUGCCGGCCGUGGCGGUCACCCUUUAAAUGUCAAGCACGCUACUGUAUAACCAGGCUUCAGAUUGAAUCCCGGCCUAAGUUCAUGUCACCUAUACAAAACACAACUUAUGUUCAAUAAUUGUCUACCAUUCUAUCCAUCAUAUGGUGCAGCUUUACUGAAGUGUUGAUCAUGUAUAUUAAUGCUUGCCUCAAAUGAAUUACACACAAACGUCCCAUUCACCAUACAGUAAAUGUCCUUAGUGAAUUGUAUUUGUAAAUUUGUCUAAAUAAUGUACGCUAGAAUAAAACCAAUAUAUCUCUACUCUA